UUUACCGUCUGAGCCACCAGAGAAUAGUGUAGUCAGUCUCUACUUUUCAAAUCAUAGCAUUACAGAAGUACAUUAAAAUUGUUUUGUUUAAAAUUUCACAUUUGUUUUGCCAUUAAAAACAAACAUGAAAAUGGUAACUCCUCCAGUCAGCAUGCAAAAAAACAAAAAAAGAAAAAAAAGCAUGUUAACCCAUAAUGUACCAGAAAUACCUUGCUCAUCAUGGGAAAAACGGGUUCUGCAUUUUAUCUUUGGUCUUAAGUAACACUGCUUUGCUUUGGCAAUAUGAGUGGGGCUUUUCCUAGCACCUGCUCAGCUGAAACACGUCCUUCAUUAGUCAAAAUCUGUCAGUCCUGUGCAGUUCAAGACGUGCUUUGAGCUGUGAUACAAUUUAUCUGUUAGAGAAAACAGGCUCCAAGUCUUUCUUGCAAGUUGUUACUAAUGAAGCAACUGGAAUAAAUUUCCCAGUGCUUUUGCCUUUCCUAUUUUCAUUUGUUACAAAGGAAAUUGUCACUUCUUCCUGGGAAUAUAGAGAUCAUGAUUUUUUAGGGAGACACUGUGGAAUGGAUAAUAAUUUUCAAGGUUUUGCAACUUUGUAAGUAAACAAAUAAGGUGUAUAUACAUGUAUGUAUAUGCAUGUGUUUAUGCACAUGCACACAAGUGGUGGUGAUGUGCUAUGGAGAAAAAAGACAGCAAGGAAGGAACCUACAGAGCGUAGUAAAUGAUGAGAAGGCUGCUUUACAAUUUUAAAUCAGGGCGGCGGCGGCGGCAGCGGCCGAGGGUGUCCCCGCGAUCCACCGCGAGGAGCCAGUUCGAGAUAAUGUCGCUGUGGAGACUGCUGAGGAAGCAAAGGAGCCUGCUGAGGCUGACAUAAAUGAGCUCUGCCGGGACAUGUUCUCCAAAAUGGCAACUUACCUGACUGGGGAGCUGACGGCCACCAGUGAAGACUAUAAGCUCCUGGAAAAUAUGAAUAAACUAACCAGCCUGAAGUAUCUUGAAAUGAAAGAUAUUGCUAUAAACAUUAGUAAAAACUUAAAGGACUUAAACCAGAAGUAUGCUGGACUGCAGCCUUAUCUGGAUCAGAUCAACAUAAUUGAGGAGCAAGUAGCAGCUCUUGAGCAGGCAGCCUACAAGUUGGAUGCAUAUUCAAAAAAACUGGAAGCCAAGUACAAGAAGCUGGAGAAGCGAUGAAAAACAACUGUGGGGACAAAGUCUUUUUUAAUGUGGAAAGAAUGUUUUAUAAUUAUAGACCUGAAUCUUCAGGUUGAUGAAUUGUCAAAACUCCUCAAAAGGCAACUAUGCUGGUCGUCCCAGAAACAUCCCAACAUUGGAGUAAACUGGAGAACUGUGGCUAUCCCUGGAGGAACUUCUUUUGAGGCAGAAUCCUCAGAAACUCAACACUUAUAACUCCUUACCUUUUACUUGAAUGCUUCAUCAUCCAUUCAGGACAAAGAGUUUCUCAAAGUUCAGAUAAACCUGGGCCUGCCAGUAGAAUCAAAUGAGUAGCAGUUAAUUACUGUAUUAUUUUCUUAAAUGGUUGGUUUUUGAGUUACUGUGUAAAAGGUGGUUUUUUUCUAUCAAGGAUGUAAUGUAUUGCUAACAAGAUUCUAAAUUAAAAAAGGAAAACAAAA